CUCAGAAGAGGGUUCAGGGCAGUUUGUCUCUGGGAGGCAGACAAAAGAGGGCUGCUCCCAAGAUCCCGGGUCCCGCUGUUCCCCAUUCUCUCUUAUCGUGAGGGUCACCCCAUGGUCCUUGUCACCCAAUCCCAGAACCCCGCCCCUCCCCUGAGAAGUCCGCACCCACAUUCGGAGACCUCAGGGCCACAGUGACCCCGGCCUUUUUCGUUUUUUAACUCUCUCGUGAUGUGUGCAUUUUAGUUAAUCAAAACAAUUUCGUUCGGGUCCAAAUUCGUUCUCUUAAUUCUAAGAUUCUGCAGUUCUUGGAGUCUCAGACUUCGUCAUCAUGGUCUGCGUGACUUUCUGAGAUUCUGAGUUUCGGUCCCCAGCUCCUGCGUUUGAAGGAGACCGGUCUCCGCAUUCGCCGGCGCUCGUGCCAGGUAGUCUGCGACCCGGCGUCCAUGACCAAGCCCUAGGAGUGAUCGGCCUGCCCGAGGGAACGAACGUCGGAGACCUGUCAACCAUAAAGCCAGUGCUGUGAAGAUUGCACUAGGAAAAAGGAAGGAUGCCGCUCUUCUUCCGGAAGCGGAAACCCAGUGAGGAAGCUCGGAAACGCCUGGAGUACCAGAUGUGUCUGGCCAAAGAAGCUGGGGCAGAUGACAUUCUCGACAUCUCUAAGUGUGAGCUCUCAGAGAUUCCAUUUGGGGCUUUUGCAACGUGCAAAGUUCUUCAGAAAAAGGUGUUGAUUGUCCACACGAAUCACCUCACUUCCCUGCUUCCUAAAUCCUGCAGCCUCCUGAGUCUCAUAACCAUCAAGGUUCUGGAUCUUCAUGAUAACCAGCUGACAGCCCUUCCUGAGGACAUAGGGCAGCUGACGGCCCUCCAGGUAUUGAACGUGGAAAAGAAUCAACUGACGUAUCUCCCACAUUCCACUGGGAACCUGACCCAGCUCCAGACCCUCAAUGUGAAAGACAACAAGCUGAAGGAGCUUCCGGACACCAUAGGGGAACUUCGAAGCUUACGCACUCUCGACAUCAGUGGGAACGAGAUUCGGAGGUUGCCACAGAUGCUAGCUCAUGUUCGAACCCUGGAGACUCUAAGCCUCGACGCCUUGUCCAUGGUCUACCCACCUCAGGAGGUGUGCAGCGCCGGCCCUGCAGCCAUCCAGCAGUUCCUCUGCAAAGAGUCAGGGCUGGAAUACUACCCCCCUUCUCAGUACCUCCUGCCAGUCCUGGAGCAAGAUGGAGCCGAGACCUCCCAGGACAGCCCCGAUGGGCCCACAGACAGGUUCUCCAGGGAGGAGGUAGAGUGGCAGAAUAGGUUCUCAGACUACGAGAAGAGGAAGGAACAGAAGAUGCUGGAGAAACUUGAGUUUGAACGGCGCCUAGAACUCGGGCAGCGAGAGCAUGCCCAGCUCCUUCAGCAGAGCAGUAGUCAGAAGGACGAGAUCCUUCAGACAGUCAAGGAGGAGCAGUCGCGGCUGGAGCAGGGCCUGAGCGAGCGCCAGCGUCACCUCGAAGAGGACCGGCAGCGGCUGCAGGAGGAGCUGAAGCGGACGGAGCAGAACAUCUCCAACCGGAUCCAGAAACUCCUACAGGACAAUCAGAGGCAAAAGAAGAGUUCUGAGAUUUUGAAGUCGCUGGAGAAUGAAAGAAUAAGAAUGGAACAGCUGAUGUCCAUAACCCAGGAGGAGACAGAGAACCUGCGGAGACGGGAGAUUGCCUCCGCCAUGCAGCAGAUGCUGACGGAGAGCUGCAAGAACCGGUUCAUCCAGAUGGCCUACGAGUCCCAGAGGCAGAACUUGGUCCAGCAGGCCUGUUCCAGCAUGGCUGAAAUGGAUGAGCGUUUCCAGCAGAUUCUGUCAUGGCAGCAGAUGGAUCAGAACAAAGCCAUCAGCCAGAUCCUGCAGGAGAGCGCCAUGCAGAAGGCCGCGUUUGAGGCUCUCCAGGUGAAGAAAGACCUGAUGCAUCGGCAGAUCAGGAACCAGAUUAAGUUAAUAGAAACUGAGUUAUUGCAGCUGACACAGCUGGAGUUAAAGAGGAAAUCCCUGGACACAGAGGCACUACAGGAGAUGGUCUCAGAGCAGCGCUGGGCCCUCAGCUCCCUGCUGCAGCAGCUGCUCAAAGAGAAGACUCAGCGAGAGGAGGAGCUCCGGGGGAUCCUGGUGUGUUGCCUGCGCCCGUCGCGCAGGGGUUUGCUUUCCCUCCACACGCUCGCCGUUCUGAGAAACGCUUCCGUUACCCAAGUCGCGGUUGUCCGUCAAAGGAAAAACAAAACGGAGUUAGAAGCCAAAAGCGAAACCAAGCAGGAAAAUUACUGGCUGAUUCAGUAUCAGCGGCUUUUGAACCAGAAGCCCUUGUCCUUGAAGCUGCAGGAAGAGGGAAUGGAGCGCCAGCUGGCGGCCCUGCUGGUGGAGCUGUCAGCCGAGCACUACCUGCCCGUCUUUGCUCAUCACCGCAUCUCACUGGACAUGCUGAGCCGGAUGAGCCCCAGGGACCUGGCCAAGGUGGGCAGCAGCCUCUCGGAGGAGGUGGGCGUCUCGGAAGCUGGCCUGCAGCAUGAGAUCCUGCGGCGGGUCCAGAAGCUGCUGGAUGCAACCAGGAUCCAGCCAGAGCUGCUGAAACCACCCCAGGGCGAGGUCCCCGGGGCCCUGGAGCCCACCGCCCCCGAGGAGCUUCCUGAGUCAGUGAGGCCAUCGGCUCCCCCCGCAGAGCUGGAGGUGCAGACCUCAGAAUGUGUCGUGUGCCUGGAAAGGGAGGCCCAGAUGAUCUUCCUCAACUGUGGCCACGUCUGCUGCUGCCAACAGUGCUGCCAGCCACUGAGGACUUGCCCGCUGUGCCGUCAGGACAUCAGCCAGCGCCUCCGGAUCUAUCAGAGCAGCUGAGCGCUGGUCCCGGACCCAGGCCUGGUCCCCCGGCCCCCUCCACCUCCUACAGGCCCAGGGCUCAGCUCACCCCCUGCUCUAGCCAGAAUAGCACGGCCCACUCUACCCUGGGCCCUUCCCCACAGCCCCGGAGGGCACCCCCCACCAUCGACCUCCAAGCACUUUGCCAGGCGGGGGCAGGGAGUAUUCCUGACCAAUGACCUAAAUACUAUGGAGGAAGAGAGAGGAUCCCGCAUGGCUCAAGGAUGGGCUCUGGGGUAUGAAGAGGCAGCUGUGCCGUCACCUGAGCACAGGACCGAGUGUCCUGGCCAGCGUGGUUCCGCCACUUCUCAACUGACUGGCAGGUCCCCUGCCCCUCUAGGAGCUUCGGUGUCCUCAUCAGGGGAACACAGACAGUGCCCUCCCUCUCAGUGGGGUGAGGGGAGCACAGGAGGACCCAGGCUGAGGGGAGGGGGCCACAGGCCACCAUGGACUAUCCCUGAUUGAUGAGCCGGAAUGCGUUUGGUGCAGGCCUUGUGCCACAAGCAACGUCGGCUGCUCCUCGCCUCCCUGGCUCCUGCUCCCCAGCACUCUGGGCCCCUCUGCAUCCUGACCUGCAGCACCGCAGCCCACGCGACUCGGGGCAGGCAAUGAGCUUCACAGACCCAAAGCGGGGAUGUCAUUAAACCCACCUCCAGCCUG